GUUGAAAAAUCUAAAUACUACACCGUUGAAGGAACUUCCAAUUUCGGAGUUAGUGCCAAAAUUCAUAAACGUUACACACUUAACUCCGUUUCUUUAUUUUUGUAUUUUUUCAAUAUUAAAUAAUUCUACAAGCUACUCAAGUUUGUGUUUGGUUCUGAAACUCUGCAUGCAAAAGAAAAAGAACAAAUCUUGGAACCUCUUGUUAAUCAACUUCAAGUCCACUCAUCUUUGGAACCUUUUCUAUCCUUUGUUGGUGAGUGCUGAUUCUUGUCUAUUGAUGAUGGUUGAAGAAUUUUAAGCAAAAUGGGUGGAGAUUUUGUGUCAAUGUUUCAGCUAGAAACGAAGAGAUUGUUAUGGCUUAUUGGUAUAACUUUUUCAGUGAUCUUAGCUUUUCAGUAUCUUGAACUUCCCUAUGGCAAUGUUCUUCUCUCUCUAUUCUCUUCUGACAAAGUACCAACACCAGAAAAUACAGUAUCUCAAGCUAGAUAUACCAACAAGACUAUUGUUAACAAUGUCACAGUUUUCAAUCAAGGAAAUUCUACUCAUGAACUUGGUUUUGUGUUGGAACCGGAAUGGCCACAAAACAAAUCUCAAGCAUUUGAUGAUUCUACAACGAAUGUGAGUCCAAAUAUAACAGCUGCAGUGUUAUCAAAUGAUGGUAACAUGUUACUAUCUCAGAAAGAUAAUGUAACUGAUUCUAUAGAGAAAGAGAGUUUUAGGCCAUCAUCGCCAGAAACUGGUGGCAAUGUACAUAGCAAAAGUUCUUCUGUCAGAACUGUGCCUAAGGAGAAACAAGAAUUUCAUACACCUGUUUCAGAGGUCACAACAGUUUCUGAAAUGAACAAGUUAUUGAUUCAAAGCCACGCGUCGUAUCGAUCAAUGAAGCCAAGGUGGUUUUCAAAUGUUGAUCAAGAGUUACUGCAGGCAAGAUCAGAGAUUGUAAAUGCACCAAUUGUAAAGAAUGAUCCAAAACUUUAUGGUCCAAUUUAUCAUAAUGUUUCCAUGUUCAAGAGGAGCUAUGAAUUAAUGGAAGAGAGACUCAAAGUUUAUGUAUACAAAGAAGGAGCUAGACCUAUACUGCAUUCACCAUUUCUCACAGGAAUCUAUGCUUCUGAAGGGUGGUUCAUGAAACUGAUGGAAGCUAAUAAAAGAUUUGUAACAAAAAAUCCAAAGAAGGCUCAUCUGUUUUACUUACCUUUCAGUUCUAGGAUGCUAGAGGAAGCUUUGUAUGUAAAGGAUUCACAUAGCCACAAGAAUCUGAUUCAAUAUCUACACGAUUACGUUGACCUGAUAGCGGCGAGACAUUCUUUCUGGAAUAGAACUGGAGGUGCUGAUCAUUUUCUCGUCGGUUGCCAUGAUUGGGCCCCAUCAGAAACAAAGUUGCGCUUGGCGACCUGCAUAAGAUCCCUCUGCAAUGCCGAUGUUAAAGAAGGAUUUUUCUUCGGCAAAGACGCGUCUCUUCCAGAAACAUACGUCCGAAACGCUCAAAACCCAACACGGGAUCUCGGAGGCAACACAUUUUCAAAGAAGACAACACUAGCCUUUUUCGCAGGGAGCAUGCACGGUUACGUGAGGCCAAUUCUGCUAAAGCACUGGGAAAACAAAGAUCCCGACAUGAAAAUCUUUGGAAAAUUGCCAAAAUCUAAAGGAAACAGCAACUACAUUCAGUACAUGAAGAGUAGCAAGUACUGUAUUUGUGCAAGAGGGUAUGAAGUGAAUAGUCCAAGAGUUGUGGAAGCUAUAUUCUAUGAAUGUGUUCCAGUUAUCAUAUCAGAUAAUUUUGUGCCACCCUUUUUCGAGGCUUUGGAUUGGGAGUCAUUUAGUGUUGUGGUUUUGGAGAAGGAUAUACCAAAUUUGAAAAAUAUACUGGUUUCAAUACCAGAAAAGAGGUAUCUUAGAUUGCUUAUGAGGGUGAAAAAGGUGCAGAAGCAUUUCUUGUGGCACAAGAAACCUGUCAAGUAUGAUAUAUUUCAUAUGAUACUUCAUUCUAUUUGGUACAAUAGAGUCUUCUCAGCCAUUAGCUAGAUAACUAACUACUUGGAUAUAAGGUAAGGUCAUUUGUUGUGUAAAUCUUUUAAAGUUUUGGUGUAAAUACAACUUCUCUAUUGCCAUCAGUAUCAAUAAACAAGUUAUUUUGGAUACAGAAAA